AUCGUUUUAGACGCAACGCCGAUGCUGUUUUUCGUUUCCAUUUUCAAAAUAACAUUUUCAACAAGUUAAUCAGUCGAAGUGGGCAAAAUGAAGAGGAAGACAAGCGAGAUUUGGUGCUUCUUCCGGGCGGUGGACGACACGUAUGCGCUGUGCAACAUCUGCAAGGCGAAGCUCUCCUACAAGACGACCACCACGAAUCUAAGCAAGCACAUGAACAGGAUGCAUCCCACGGCGGGACUCGGUCGGUCGAGCAAUUACAAAUACCAGUCCAGUAGUACACUGGACCGGAACAAGGGCAAGCCGCGCAACCAGACGCAGGAGCUCAUAAUGGUGGAGUUCGUGAAGAAGCACCCGCGCAUGCUGCAGAAUCCUACGUGGGAAACGCGCAGCAAUCUGGAGGAGCUGUGGGAGGAGCUGACCUCCAAUCUCAAUCGGCACGGGCCUCCGCGAAAGGAUGUGGCCACCUGGAAAAGAGCCUUGAAGGACUGGAAGCGGUUCAUCCUGAAGAAGGUGGAGAAGAAUGAGUUGCACAACGUCCCCUUCGGCACCAGCCUCGGCCCGUCGGAGGAAACAAUAGCCACCUUGUGCCGCCUUAAUGAGGAUGUUAGUCAAAUAAUAAUGAAGGUAUCCGACGACGAUGAAAUGCAGGAGAACUCCAACACCGAGUUCGACAUGGACGAUGUGGAGGACGUGGUACCGGAAGAAGACAGUGGCGCCCUUCAGAACUCCGCCGAGUACGUUUACGAGCCGGAGGAGAGCAAAGUAGACAUAGACGACCCCCUUUUCCUGCAGUCCAGCAAGCGAGCCGCAUUGGCCGACAGUCGAAUGGCGGAAGAGGACACGGCGACGCUUCUGGACAAGAUUAGUAACAACAUUGGGAUGGUCCACGAUGCCGCCAAUGGCGCCCAUCUAGCUCUCAAUGAAUUCUUCGUCCUGUACAAGCAGAAGCUGUACGAGGACAAGCGGCAUCACCUGGCCAUUGAACAACUAAUGGCCGAGAAAAUAGAAUUGAAAAAGAAACUCUUGGAAAUCGAGCAGCGAAAGUUGUCGCUAAAGUGACGCGAUUCACAUACCAUCAAGUAAUAAAUCGGUAGUCUUAAUAGUCUAAGCAUUAAAUAAACUAAGUAUUCCAUUAAAAUGUUGCCUAA